AGUUUGGUUGAUUUUCUGCGUGGGUCUCCGAUUUAGUUCGGGAGGCGCCUUUGGGCUGGCCCGCACCACCCAUGGCGGCCCCCGCCCCGGCUACGGCCUUCGGGCAGGCGGUGAUCGGGCCCCCGGGCUCGGGGAAGACCACGUACUGCCUGGGCAUGAGCGAGUUCCUGCGCGCGCUGGGCCGGCGCGUGGCGGUGGUGAACCUGGACCCAGCCAACGAGGGGCUGCCAUACGAGUGUGCCGUGGACGUGGGCGAGCUGGUGGGGCUGGGCGACGUGAUGGACGCUCUGCGACUGGGGCCCAACGGUGGCCUGCUCUACUGCAUGGAGUACCUGGAAGCCAACCUGGACUGGCUGCGCGCCAAGCUGGAGCCCCUCCGAGGCCACUACUUUCUCUUCGACUGCCCCGGGCAAGUGGAGCUCUGCACGCACCACGCCGCCCUGCGCAGCAUCUUCUCCCAGAUGGCUCAGUGGGACCUCAGGCUGACCGCUGUCCACCUUGUGGAUUCUCACUACUGCACAGACCCAGCCAAGUUCAUCUCUGUCCUGUGCACCUCCCUGGCCACCAUGCUGCACGUGGAACUGCCCCACGUCAACCUCCUCUCCAAGAUGGACCUUAUUGAGCACUAUGGGAAGCUGGCCUUCAACCUGGACUACUACACAGAAGUCCUGGACCUCUCCUACCUCCUUGAGCACCUGGCCUCUGACCCUUUCUUCAGUCACUACCGGCAGCUCAAUGAGAAACUGGUACAGCUCAUUGAAGACUACAGCCUGGUCUCCUUCAUCCCCCUGAACAUCCAGGACAAGGACGGCAUCCAGCGAGUCUUACAGGCCGUGGAUAAAGCCAAUGGCUACUGUUUUGGGGUUCAGGAGCAACGAAGCCUGGAGGCCAUGAUGUCUGCUGCGAUGGGAGCUGACUUCCACUUCUCCUCCACCCUGGGCAUCCAAGAGAAGUACUUGGCAUCUGCAGACAAGACCACAGAGCAGGAAGCCAUGCAGCUGUAACGCGGGGCCUGGAUAACUGGACAGCUCAGCAGGUACACACUGGAAAGCUGCGUCCAGGCGGGGCAGAGGCCGGGAGGAGCCAGCCAUGCCUACAAAGGACUUCUGAGGGAAAAGCCAGGCUAGCGCUGUCUGCGGUGCCCUCAGGCUCGGAGCCCUGCCCCAGGAAAUGCUGCCGAGAACUUGAGAGCUGCCUCUACGUGGGCAAUGCCGCAAUAUGCUCUGCGAUGAUUUUCUAUUUUUUGUGACCUCAAACUUUUCUUCAACCCUCUGGACGCAGGGAUUUGGGAUAGAACAAAGAAAUGUCUCUGUCCCUCCAAAUAA